AUUCUUUAUUGUUGAUUUUAUUUUGUUUCCUUCUUAUCAGUUGUCUAAAAGGUCUUUUCUAAAAGGCUAUUUUUUUGUUUUGGUAAAUUCUACUAAAGAGAAAAACAAAGAGAAAAAAUGAUUAUCAACUUCAAAUUAUUUGUAAUAUUACUAACUAUCUUUAUAGUGGGAUGUUACGGAGAGCCUAUUAUUUCUAAGCCAAUCAUUAAUAUAACAACAUCAGAUUUAACUGCUCUGGGACCAGGAGAAUGUGGCGAUAGAUUAAAACAUUGCUCUCUCUAUAGAAGUUAUAAUUAUUGUGUAGACGACAAGGAAUUGAUGGCAAAAUACUGUAAACAGACGUGCGAAUGGUGCGGUAGACCUUGCAAUAGUAAUCCGUGUUUGAACGGAGGACUAUGUUCAGAAGUUGAUAAUGAGUAUAGAUGUGAAUGUCAAAGAGGACGAUCUGGUCUUAGGUGCGAAAGAGACUUGGCUCUUUGCAACAACACUCCCUGUAAGAAUAAUGGGAGAUGUACUUAUCAAGAUGACGGUUCGAUAAAGUGCGUUUGUACCUACGACUGGGUUGGAGAAACUUGCGAAACGAGACGAUCAUACAUAUCUGAUCCUUGUUCAAGUUCACCUUGCGCAAAUGGAGGAACUUGUCAAAAAAAUGGUGCAGGCUAUUCCUGCUCUUGCAAAACUGGCUGGACAGGAAACCGCUGUGAAACCGUAUCAAAUCCAAACCCCUGUUCAUCGAACCCCUGUAGAAAUGGAAACUGUAAUAAUCAUAAUUCAUACUAUUCUUGUUCGUGUAACUCUGGGUGGUAUGGGACAAAUUGUGAUUCCUAUGGUGGAGGAGCUUGUGGAUCGAAUCCUUGUUACAACUCGGGAGUUUGCAAUGAUAGAGGAAACGGAUAUGAUUGUACCUGUUCAAGUGGCUGGAGUGGUACCCAAUGCACAGUUCCAACAAACAACGGAAAUCCCUGUCAGAGUAAUCCAUGUUUAAAUAAUGGAAACUGCGUAAACGGCAAUUCUUAUUAUACCUGUUCUUGCCAAAACGGAUGGACUGGACAGCGGUGUGAAACUGUUGUCAACAACGUAGGAGCGUGUUCAAGUAAUCCAUGUUUAAAUUCGGGAGUAUGUAACAAUUUCAAUACUUACUAUACGUGUUCAUGCGUCAAUGGCUACACUGGACAAAGAUGCGAAACAAGAAACAACAUCGGAGCUUGCUCUAGUAAUCCUUGCCUAAAUUCUGGAGUUUGUAACAAUUUCAACACGUACUAUACCUGCUCCUGCGUCAAUGGCUACACUGGACAAAGAUGCGAAACAAGAAACAAUGUUGGAGCCUGUUCAAGUAAUCCAUGUCUAAAUUCUGGAGUUUGUAAUAACUUCAAUACUUACUAUACAUGUUCAUGCAUCAAUGGUUAUACUGGACAAAGGUGUGAAACAAGAAAUAAUGUUGGAGCCUGUUCAAGUAAUCCAUGCUUAAAUUCUGGAGUUUGUAAUAACUUCAAUACGUACUAUACAUGUUCAUGCACCAAUGGUUAUACUGGACAACGAUGUGAAACAAGAAACAACGUUGGAGCGUGUUCAAGUAAUCCAUGCUUAAAUUCUGGAGUUUGCAACAAUUUCAACACGUACUAUACGUGCUCCUGUGUCAAUGGCUACACUGGACAAAGAUGCGAAACAAGAAACAACGUUGGAGCUUGCUCUAGUAAUCCUUGCCUAAAUUCUGGAGUUUGUAACAAUUUCAACACAUACUAUACAUGCUCCUGCGUCAAUGGCUACACUGGACAAAGAUGCGAAACAAUAAACAAUGUUGGAGCCUGUUCAAGUAAUCCAUGUCUAAAUUCUGGAGUUUGUAAUAACUUCAAUACUUACUAUACAUGUUCAUGUAUUAACGGCUAUACUGGACAAAGGUGUGAAACAAGAAAUAAUGUUGGAGUCUGUUCAAGUAAUCCAUGUCUAAAUUCUGGAGUUUGUAAUAACUUCAAUACUUACUAUACAUGUUCCUGUAUUAAUGGUUACACCGGACAGAGGUGUGAAAUAGGAAAUAAUGUUGGAGCCUGUUCAAGUAAUCCAUGCUUAAAUUCUGGAGUUUGUAAUAACUUCAAUACGUACUAUACAUGUACAUGCAUCAAUGGUUAUACUGGACAAAGAUGUGAAACAAGAAACAAUGUUGGAGCGUGUUCAAGUAAUCCAUGCUUAAAUUCUGGAGUUUGUAAUAAUUUUAACACCUACUAUACGUGUUCGUGCAUCAAUGGCUACACCGGACAAAGAUGUGAAACAAGAGUAGGAACAAAUACCGGGGCCUGUUUCAGUAAUCCCUGCUUUAAUAAUGGUAUUUGUUACAACUAUAAUACACAUUAUACAUGUUCUUGUAAUAAUGGAUGGUCGGGUCAAAGAUGUGAAAUUAUGGGAACCAAUUUGCCUUGCUCGAGCAAUCCAUGUAUGAAUGGCGGAAUAUGCAACAAUCAGAAUAACUAUUAUACCUGCAAUUGCCCUGGUCAAUGGACUGGACAAAGAUGCGAAACACUUAUUGGAUCAAAUCCUUGUCAAAGCAACCCUUGCUUGAAUAAUGGAUUUUGUACAUCUUUUGUAAAUUCGUAUGGCUGUACUUGCAAUGGUCCUUAUUCUGGAUCCCGUUGUGAAGUUUACAGUAAUCCAUCAGCCCUUCAAGGCGCUUGCGCCAGUAGUCCUUGUAUGAAUGGUGGGCGAUGUAAUAAUUUUAAUACUUAUUACACUUGCUCCUGUAAUCCUCCAUGGAGUGGGAUAAGAUGCGAAACUUAUAGUAAAAAAUUUAUCAUUCUGAGAUAUUUUGAUACCUUUAUAUUUUUUACAUUAAAUAGUUAUCUAUUUAUAGAUUUAAUUGUUUAUUUAUAGAUGCGGGAAAUGUUGGAGCUUGUAGUAGUAAUCCGUGUAUGAAUGGAGGAACUUGCGAUAAUUUCAAUACCUAUUUCUCGUGCAGGUGUACUUCACCUUGGAUUGGAACUCGCUGCGAAACUUAUUCUAAUAACGGUGUUAAUCCUUGUUCAUCAAACCCUUGUCCAGGAAAUUAUUGUGUAAGGUCCGGAGUAGGUUUUUAUUGCAGCACAGUACCAGUUUCCAAUGAACCUUGUGCGAGUAAUCCAUGCUUGAACAGUGGAGUUUGUUCUAAUCAGAUAAGUGGUAGCAGUAGUUAUUUCGUUUGUUCUUGCCCAACGUAUGCAUCAGGAUCAAGAUGUGAAAUAUCAACAAGUAACGUCUGCUCAAGUAGUCCCUGCUAUAAUGCUGGAAGAUGCCUAGUAAACAAUAACAUGUGGCAAUGUAGUUGUAUAUCAGGGUUCUUUGGACCAAGAUGCGAAUAUCGAAGUAAAAAGAGAAAAUAAGCAAAAAAUUGCUUGUCUGCUAGAUCAUCUUCAAAUAGUAACGAAAGAUAAGAAGAGAAAAAUAAUAUGAAUACAAUUUAAUCGGAGUUCUAUUAGUUUUACUGUCCUAGCUUUUAUCAAUAUAUAUAUAUAUCCACUAUAGCCGGAAAUUAGUUAACGAUUUCAAUCACUAAUCAACUUAUUGCCAUUAAUUAGAUUUCUGUUUAGGAAAACCUAAAAUCUAUUACGUCACACUUUUUACUCAGAUUUAAUCAUAAAAAUAACCUUUUUUCUAAACAUUUUU